AUGAAAAAAUGCGUCGAGAAGAACCCGAUCCCCCCUAUGCAGCCAGAGUGGUUUACGGCUAUUCUGCGCCUCAUUCCCAACAACUUGCGAAGCUCUGCCGAACUCAGGGCGUACAUCGAGGUCCUGUUCGAGGAGAUUGGGGACGAAUAUGUGCGCAGCAUUCGUAAGGGAAUCGUCAACCAGGUCCUACUAAAGCCCUCUGAGAAGGCGACCGAUGGCGGGACACCACGGUCAGCAUGCACGUCGGAGGCACUAAAUUCUGAGAGUGAGGUUCAAGCGAACCCUUGGAACAAGAGCUACAGGAAAGCUCGUGAGAAAAUCCGGAAGAACCUGUACAUCCUCCAUCCGACGAUGCUGACCGUGUUAAGGAUGUGUCAACACAGCCUCGGAGACAUGCUCGUAGACUGCACCCACUUCAGGGCUAAAGGUGCUAUUGAGAUAGACAGCAUGAAGAACACCAUUCUCUACGAGAUGGAAAAAGCUGAGGAGAGGCUAAUGCAUGGAUGGUAUCCCCAGAUCUUGGCUCUUUUUUCCGACAAGAACACGCUGGCUGGAAUCAAACCAGCUCAGCAGGAUCAGUUCUACAACGCUGUAACAGCACUAGUUGCUAAUCAGGUGAGAGGCAUGCUGCAGAGGACUCUCGCCGGCUGGAUGUCCCUGUACGCCGGCGCGCUCAUCGCUCAGGCACCGCUGCUGCGGUUGCAGCUCGUCUGUGACGAGGGUCGCAUGCAGUUCUAUCCGUCCUACGCCGACCUAGAGGGCGCCGUCGUCCACGUCGCCGUGCAGAUGACGCAGAGCAUGCAGCAGUCGGUGGCUUGCUGCUGGCAGAAUGUCUUGAGUCUGUCUCGGCUAGAUAUUAAUGUCAAGGAGAGGGCGUGGAGAGAUUACCAGGUGAGCGUAGAGAAUGCGAAAAGGCGACCCAGUACUCCUCCUAGACCACUCUUCCCCUCGUCAAUGAUGAGCCGCGAAAGAAAGCUGCGCCUCAACUACGAGCUGAUGAAAAAAUGCGUCGAGAAGAACCCGAUCCCCCCUAUGCAGCCAGAGUGGUUUACGGCUAUUCUGCGCCUCAUUCCCAACAACUUGCGAAGCUCUGCCGAACUCAGGGCGUACAUCGAGGUCCUGUUCGAGGAGAUCGGGGACGAAUAUGUGCGCAGCAUUCGUAAGGGAAUCGUCAACCAGGUCCUACUAAAGCCCUCUGAGAAGGCGACCGAUGGCGGGACACCACGGUCAGCACGCACGUCGGAGGCGCUCAAUUCUGAGAGUGAGGUUCAAGCGAACCCUUGGAACAGGAGCUACAGGAAAGCUCGCGAGAAAAUCCGGAAGAACCUGUACAUCCUCCAUCCGACGAUGCUGACCGUGUUAAGGAUGUGUCAACACAGCCUCGGGGACAUGCUCGUAGACUGCACCCACUUCAGGGCUAAAGGUGCUAUUGAGAUAGACAGCAUGAAGAACACCAUUCUCUACGAGAUGGAAAAAGCUGAGGAGAGGCUAAUGCAUGGAUGGUAUCCCCAGAUCUUGGCUCUUUUUUCCGACAAGAACACGCUGGCUGGAAUCAAACCAGCUCAGCAGGAUCAGUUCUACAACGCUGUCACAGCACUAGUUGCUAAUCAGGUGAGAGGCAUGCUGCAGAGGACUCUCGCCGGCUGGAUGUCCCUGUACGCCGGCGCGCUCAUCGCUCAGGCUCCGCUGCUGCGGUUGCAGCUCGUCUGCGACGAGGGUCGCAUGCAGUUCUAUCCGUCCUACGCCGACCUAGAGGGCGCCGUCGUCCACGUCGCCGUGCAGAUGACGCAGAGCAUGCAGCAGGUGCCCACUGUCCACUCGUGGUUGGCGGCCGGAGACAACCUGGUAAUGACGAGCAGUGGUCUGACCGAGAGCAUGGUCAGCGACGCUUGCGCGAUCCUGACGGCAGCCAUGCGGGAACACUUUGACCUUCCCGCAAAGCACUUGGAAUCGUACAUGCAAAAGUACGAUUUUAUCAUCAACGGGGAGGCUGACAGAAGAGUCGAUGCCUUCUUAGAGGAGGAGCACACGUUCGAGGAGUAUUGCCAGUUUUCGGAGGAGUUCAGGACCUUGGCCAAGGACAUCGCGGGCCAGUCGUCCAUCUACGAGACACAGGUGAUUCAGCUGGACUGCGAGGACCUCAAGCGUGGGCUCAUCGAUGCAGCGAUGAAACUCUCCACCCAGCUGCUUAACAGGGUCGCCAACGACCACAGCAAGGAAGUGAAGAGCAUCAUCGCGGAGUUUGUGGGCUUAGAGGAGCGGCUGACCAGACUGCCGGGCAACAGCGAGGAGAUGGUGGAGACGGUGAAACACGUCGAACACGUGAAGACGGUCGGCAUUCACAAGAUCAUCACGCGCAUGCAGGGGGUACAGCGGCAUCUAUUCUACCUGAUCGACUGCUACAGCUUCCAACGGGAGGAUAUCGACCGAAAUGCAGAGCUCAUACUCUGGCCCAAGAACAUACAGCCAAUAUUCGACAGGAAUGAAGAGAUCGUGAAGGAAGCUCAGCAGCAGAACGAGAGGCACCUCACCGAGAGGAGGGAGAAGGCCAUCCUCGAGCUGGAGAAGAUCCGCUACCGCGUCAAGGAGCUGGGCAAGUGUGGCGAGAUGGAGCUGAUGGGACAGUACCUGCAGGAUAUCCGCUCCAUGCAGAAGAAGCUGAGCGAGGUGGAGAGCGAGAUCGGCUGGAUUAACAGGGAAGAGGAGUUGUUCACGCAACCUCCGACAACAUUCCCAGUCAUGCGCGAGGUAACCGUGGCGAUGGAGCCAUACACGAAGGUCUUCACGGCGAUCGUCAAGUGGCAGCGAGCAGAGAAACGUUGGAUGGAUGGAGACUUCCUCAAGCUCGACGCGGAGGCCAUCGAGGCUGAGAUUGAGGACUACGCUCGUGACAUCACCAAGGUUCAGCGACUCUUCACAAAUCAGUGGGAUGCCAAGAAGACAGAGAUGCUAGCGAGUAAGUCGAAAAAGAAGGGCGAUAUCAUCUCGGAGGAGGAUGAAGAGGAAGACGAUUCCCCGCCUACAGUGCUGGCAGCAUGCCAGAAAGUUCGGGACAACAUUAGCGAUUUUAGGGAAUGCAUUCCGCUGAUCUCGACGCUGUGCAACCCCGGCAUACGCAAGCGGCACUGGCAGCAGAUGUCUGACCAGGUCGGACGCGACAUCACGCCGGACUCCGGCACGACCCUGCGCAAGGUUCUCAAGCAGAACCUGUCGAGUCAAAUGGAGAAGUUUGAGGCGAUCAGCGGCGCGGCGACGAAGGAAUACUCGCUGGAGAAGGCCAUGCAGAGGAUGAUGGACGAGUGGGACGAGGUGUCGUUCGCUCUGACCGCUUACCGCGACUCCGGCGUUCACAUCCUCGCCUCCGUCGACGACAUACAGAGCAUGCUCGACGACCAGAUCGUCAAGACGCAGACGAUGCGAGGCUCGCCAUUCGUGAAGCCCUUCGAGGCGGAGAUCCGCACGUGGGAGGAGCGGCUGCUGCGCACGCAGGAGACGAUCGACGAGUGGCUGAAGGUGCAGGCACAGUGGCUCUACCUGGAGCCGAUCUUCUCUUCGGAGGACAUCAUGAGCCAGAUGCCCGAGGAGGGCCGCAUGUUCAGCGCGGUCGACAAGAACUGGAAGGACGUGAUGAGGAACACGGCGAGGGACUCCAAGGUGCUGCCAGCAACAGGAUUGCCCGGCUUGUAUGAGAAGCUACUAGAGAGCAACCAGCUCCUGGACAAAAUCAAUAAGGGCCUGAAUGCUUAUCUAGAGAAGAAGAGACUGUUUUUCCCAAGGUUCUUCUUCCUCUCCAACGACGAGAUGCUGGAGAUCCUCAGCGAGACGAAGGACCCGCUGCGCGUGCAGCCGCACCUCAAGAAGUGCUUCGAGGGCAUCGCGCGGCUCGAGUUCGACCAGCAGCUCAACAUCCACGGCAUGUACAGCAGCGAGUGCGAGUUCGUGCGCUUCAGCCGGCCGAUAUCGACCGCGGAGGCGCGAGGCGCCGUCGAGAAGUGGCUGCUGCAGGUGCAGGACGUUAUGCUCAUGUCCAUCCGCGACGUUGUCGACCAGUCGCGCCAGGGCUACGCGGUCACUGCCCGUGACCAGUGGGUGACAGAAUGGCCUGGUCAGGUAGUCCUCUGUGUGGCGCAAAUCUACUGGACCGUGGAGGUCCACGAAGCUAUCCGCACAGGUCCGCAGGGCUUGAAGGAGUACUACGACAAGCUGAACCUUCAGCUGUCAGAGAUUGUGAAGCUGGUGAGAGGCAAGCUGUCCACGCAGGCGCGCAUCACCCUCGGAGCGCUGGUCGUCAUCGACGUGCACGCGCGCGAUGUCGUACUGGACAUGGCCAACAAAGGAGUCGCAUCUGAGAAUGACUUCCAGUGGUUGGCUCAGCUGAGGUAUUACUGGGAAGAUCUCAACUGCAAGGUGAAAUUGAUCAACGCCACCGUGAAGUAUGCGUAUGAAUAUCUGGGUAACUCUGGCAGACUGGUCAUCACUCCCCUGUAUAGGUUUAUUCGUUGCCUUGAUGCAUUUCAGUUCUUCAAGGGCUUGGCGUCAUCAGGUGCUUGGGCAUGCUUUGACGAGUUUAAUCGAAUUGAGUUGGAGGUGCUGUCUGUGGUUGCCCAGCAGAUCCUCUGCAUCGUGCGGGCGGUGCAGGGCAACGUCGAGACGUUCAUGUUCGAGGGGACGGAGCUGCGGCUCAACGCCAACUGCUACGUGUGCAUCACGAUGAACCCGGGUUACGCGGGUCGCUCUGAGCUGCCAGACAACCUCAAGGUGCUGUUCCGCACGGUCGCCAUGAUGGUUCCCGACUACGCGAUGAUCGGCGAGAUCUCGCUCUACUCGUACGGCUUCAUCGACGCGCGCGACCUCUCCGUGAAGAUCGUCACCACCUACCGGCUCUGCUCCGAGCUGCUCUCCUCGCAGUUCCACUACGACUACGGCAUGCGCGCAGUCAAGGCCGUGCUCGCCGCCGCCGGCAACCUCAAGCUGAAGUUCCCCGACGAGAGCGAGGACGUGCUGCUGCUGCGCUCGAUCCUCGACGUCAACCUGCCCAAGUUCCUCUCGCACGACGUGCCGCUCUUCGAGGGAAUCAUCUCGGAUCUGUUUCCGGGCGUCGCGCUGCCGGCGGCGGACUACCGCGUGUUUCUCGCGACGGCGCGCGAGGUCUGCGAGCGGCGGCGCCUGCAGCCGACCGACGUCUUCAUGCAGAAGGUCAUCCAGACGUACGAGAUGAUGAUCGUACGACACGGCUUCAUGUUGGUUGGUGAGCCGUUUGGAGGUAAGACACAGGUACUGCGUGUGCUCGCUGACACGCUCUCCCUGCUCAACUCACGCGACCAGGAUGAAGAGAAGGUCAUCUACAGAACGAUCAACCCCAAGUCCAUCACGAUGGGUCAGCUGUUCGGUCAGUUCGACCCCGUCUCACAUGAGUGGACGGAUGGAGUCGUCGCGAACACGUUCCGUGAGUUUGCGUCCGCGGAGACGACGGACAGGAAGUGGGUGCUGUUUGACGGUCCGAUCGACACUCUGUGGAUCGAGAGCAUGAACACUGUGCUGGACGACAACAAGAAGCUGUGCCUCAUGAGUGGUGAGAUCAUCCAGCUGUCCAACACCAUGAGUCUGAUCUUCGAGUGCAUGGACCUGUCGCAAGCGUCGCCGGCCACCGUCAGCCGAUGCGGCAUGAUCUACAUGGAGCCGACGACGCUCGGGUGGCGCCCUCUCAUGCAGAGCUGGCUGACGAGUCUGCCGGAGUAUCUGAGCGGCGCGCACGCUCAGUUGUUGGCGCUGUUUGAUUGGCUCGUCGACCCGUGCCUGGUGUUUGUCGCCAAGAGCUGUAAGUAUAAAUCAAGAGGCAAUUGGAAGCACUGGAAUGACUUGAUCAAGAAUAUUGAGGUCAGUGGCAAGAACGUCAGGGAUGUGAUCGUGCCAACGAUGGACACAGCUCGCUACACUUACCUCAUGGAUCUAUGCAUCAAGCACUCCAAGCCUAUUCUUUUUGUUGGCCCGACUGGGACAGGCAAGAGCGUGUACAUCCAGGAUAAGCUGAUGAAUGGCUUGUCCAAGGACGUUUAUCAGCCUUCCUUCAUCAACUUCUCUGCUCAGACGAGUGCGGCCCAGACCCAAGACAUCAUCAUGUCUAAGCUGGACAAGAGGAGGAAGGGAUUCUACGGGCCGCCCAUGGGAAGGAAGGCCGUGAUAUUCGUCGAUGACCUGAACAUGCCAGCGAGGGAAAUCUACGGCGCUCAGCCGCCGAUAGAACUGCUGCGCCAGUACUUUGACCACGGCAUAUGGUAUGACAAGAAGGACACGACGAAGAUCACGCUCGUCGACAUACAGUUUCUGUGCGCGAUGGGCCCGCCGGGCGGAGGCCGCAACCCCGUCACCCAGCGCUUCACGAGACACUUCAACCUGGUGACGAUCAACCCGUUCAACACGGAGACGAUGACGCGCAUCUUCUCGACCAUUGUCAGCCUCUACAUGAAGCAACAAGAGUUCUCGUCGGACUACUUUGCCAUCGGCACGCACAUGGUGUCGGCGACGAUGGAGAUGUACAAGUCGGCGAUGGCGCACCUGCUGCCGACGCCCGCCAAGUCGCACUACACGUUCAACCUGCGAGACUUUGCGCGCGUCAUCUACGGCUCGCUGCUCAUAAAGAAGGACCAGGUGGAGAAUAAGAAGGUGUUCACGCGACUGUGGGUACACGAGGUGUUCCGUGUCUUCUCUGACCGCCUAGUAGACGACGAUGACCGACAGUGGCUGUUCGAGACGACAAAAGUUUGCGUAAGAGACGAAUUCAAGGAUAACUUUGAUACGCUUUUCGAACAUUUAGAGGAAGAUGGUAAAGUGACCGAGAGCAGCAUGAGGAGUCUGAUGUUCGGCGCGUACAUGCGUCCGGACGCCGAGCCGGAGGACCAGGUCUAUGAGGAGGUGAAGUCCCUCGACGACUUCAACAAGGUUGUGGAGCGCUGCCUGGAAGACUACAACACCAUGUCCAAGUCUAAGAUGAAUUUGGUCAUCUUCAGACUUGGCGUGCGGCCGCUCGCGCUUCUAGAGGCGGGCAAGAACGCCGAGCUGAGUCCGAUGGCUCUCUACGCGUUCUUCGUAAACCACUGCCGACAGAACCUUCAUGUCGUCAUCGCGUUCAGCCCCAUCGGAGAGACGUUCCGCAACCGUCUGCGCCAGUUCCCCUCGCUCAUCAACUGCUAAUGACAACAGGCUUGGCCGGAAGAUGCGCUGGAGCGGGUGGCCAUCAAGUACCUGGAGGCUGUCGACAUGGCUGAAGCUGAGAAGCACGCCGCCGUCGAGAUAUGCAAGUACUUCCACAUGAGCGGCAGGGAGCUGUCCGAGAGGUUUCUCGCGAAGCUGGGCCGUCACAACUACGUGACGCCGACGUCCUACCUCGAGCUGAUCGAGUCGUUCAAGACGCUGCUGGGCAGGAAGCAGCUGGAGAUCAUGAAGGCGAAACGUCGCUACGAGGUCGGUUUGGAGAAGCUGGCGUUCGCCUCGUCCCAGGUAGCUGAGAUGCAGGCGGAGUUGGAACUGCUACAGCCGCAGCUCGUCAUAGCUUCGGGCGAGAACGAGAAAAUGAUGGUCAUCAUAGAGAAGGAAUCCGUUGAGGUGGAGAAGACCAGCGAAUUGGUGAGAAAAGAUGAGGCUGUGGCUAACGAGCAGGCAGCAGAGUCGCAGGCGUUGAAGGAUGAGUGCGAGAGUGAACUAGCUGAAGCCAUUCCUGCUCUGGAAGCUGCGCUGUCCGCCCUAAACACACUCAAGUAUGCGUUGUGGUCGCACGCGGCGACAGAGCUUCAGAACGUCUACGACAACCUGACGGGAGACGUGCUCAUAGCCUCGGGAGUGAUCGCUUACCUCGGCGCGUUCACCGCCGCCUUCCGGCAGGACUGCAUACGUGACUGGAUCCACACGACCAGGGCGAUGGGCAUCUCCUGCUCCGCGGACUUCUCUCUGAGUCAGACGCUGGGAGAGGCCAUCAAGAUUCAAGCGUGGAACAUUGCUGGCUUGCCCUGCGAUGCAUUCUCUAUCGACAACGGCGUCAUCAUCGCCAACUCGCGACGAUGGCCGUUGAUGAUCGAUCCUCAGGGACAGGCGAACAAGUGGAUCAAGAAUUCGGAGCGAGACAACAAGCUGAGCGUGAUCAAACUCACUGACCCGGACUACAUGCGAACACUAGAGAACUGCAUCCAGUUUGGUCAGCCUGCAUUACUAGAGAACGUUGGGGAGGAGCUUGAUCCAUCACUAGAACCACUGCUGCUGAAGCAGAACGGGACGCGUUUCCACAUCGACGCGAGGGAUGUUGCUGCGGGGCUGACAAGGGACAAGCGGAUGGGGUGUGCGUCGUUUGCUGGAAAGCACGAGUGGGCGCGCGAGACGGUCUCGGUACGAAACGGCAACGUCACGCGCGCAACACCGUUUCCGAUCUCGAACCCGUAUUUUUUCCUGCAGGUGGCAGUUAUGAAGAUAAUCCGUAAAGAUUACUGCACGAACCCGGAGUUUGACCCAACCAAGGUCGCGAAAGCUUCCUCUGCUGCCGAAGGUCUGUGCAAGUGGGUGUGCGCGAUGGAGAUAUACGACCGCGUCGCGAAGGUCGUCGCUCCGAAGAAGCUGAAGCUGAUGGAAGCUGAGGAGCAGCUGUCGACGACGAUGCAGCUGCUCAACACGAAGCGCGCCGAGCUCGCGGAGGUCGAGGCGAAGCUCAGCAACCUGAAGAAACAGUUCCACGAGGUUACAGAGAAGAAGAAGAUGCUGGAGUUCCAGGUGGAUCUAUGCGCAAAGAAGCUGCAGCGAGCGACAAAGCUUAUCGGAGGCUUGGGAGGGGAGAAGGAGAGCGCCGUGCUCUCUCAUCGUUUCAGGCCGGAGCUGGAGGAGGAGAGGCAGGCGCUGAUCAUCCAGAGCGCGGCGAAUCGCAAGCAGCUGAAGGAGAUUGAGGACAAGAUCCUGCACACGCUGUCCGCGUCCGAGGGAAACAUCCUCGAGGACGAGACGGCCAUCCAGAUCCUCGACAGCUCGAAGAUCCUCAGCGACGACAUCUCGAAGAAACAGAAGAUUGCCGAGCGAGUACUGGUACAUGGGAUCGAUGUUGCAAGGUCGGCUGUCGAGAAGAACAGGAUCGAGGAGUGCUUGGCGAUCGUCGGUGGCGCCGAGAUGAUCCGGCUCGGCGAGAGCGUGAUCGAGUACAGCCGCGACUUCCGCUUCUACGUGACGACGAAGCUGCGCAACCCGCACUACCUGCCCGAGCUGUCGACGAAGGUCACCUUGCUCAACUUCAUGAUCACGCCCGAGGGACUCGAGGACCAGCUGCUGGGCAUCGUCGUCGCCAAGGAGAGUGAGAGACCACUAGAUGGAGCCACACGGGUGGUCGUGUCGUCUCUUUGCAGCAACAAGUCGAAGAUUCUGGACCGGCGCCUGCUCUACCUGCAGGACCAUUUCACCUACAACCUGUACAGCAACGUGUGUCGCUCCCUGUUCGAGAAGGACAAGCUGCUCUUCUCUCUCCUGCUCUGCACCAACAUACAGCUUGCGAGGGGUGAACUGGACUACGCAGAGUUCACGUUCUUCCUGACCGGCGGCCUCGGACUGGAGAACAAGCUGAAGAACCCCGAUCCCAGCUGGCUGUCCGACCGCAGCUGGGACGAGAUAUGCCGCAUGUGUGAGCUGGAGCCGUUCCAGAACUUCAGGGCACACUUUGAGCAGCACGUCGAUGACUGGCGUCAGCUGUACGACAGCAAGUGAGCCGCAGAAGGCACCGCUGCUGCCGCCGUGGAGAAGAAACUCACCGAGUUCCAAAGAAUGAUCGUCAUCCGCUGUCUCCGUUCCGACAAGGUCGUCCCGCUGGUCACCGACUUUGUGGUCAGCAGCCUCGGCCAGAAGUUUGUGCAGCCGCCGCCGUUCGACCUCGCGAAGAGCUACAACGACUCGAACGCCUGCGCGCCGCUCAUAUUCGUGCUGUCGCCCGGCGCAGACCCGAUGGCCAGCCUGCUCAAGUUCGCCGAGGACAGGGGCUUCACGGGCGAAAAGUUCAACGCGAUAUCUCUCGGUCAGGGCCAGGGUCCGGUGGCCGCCGCUCUCAUCACGAGCGCGGUGCGAGACGGCACGUGGGUCGUGCUGCAGAACUGCCACCUGGCGGUGUCGUGGAUGCCCGCGCUGGAGAAGAUCUGCGAGGAGCUGAGCCCAGAGAAGGUCAACCCCGAGUUUCGCAUGUGGCUCACGAGUUACCCGUCGAAUAAGUUCCCGGUGGCAGUGCUACAGAACGGCGUGAAGAUGACCAACGAACCACCGACGGGUCUCAGAGCAAACCUGCUGCAGUCCUACAUGAACGACCCGAUCUCAGAUCCAGACUUCUUCUGCAGCUGCGGCGGGAAGCAACAGUCGUUUGAGAAGCUGCUCUUCGGGCUGUGUUUCUUCCACGCCCUCGUGCAGGAGAGAAGGAAGUUUGGUCCGCUCGGCUGGAACAUUCCCUACGGCUUCAACGACUCGGACCUCAGGAUCUCCGUCCGGCAGCUUCAGAUGUUCAUCAACGAGUACGACGAUGUUCCGUACGAGGCGAUCUCGUACCUGACGGGAGAGUGUAACUACGGCGGCCGCGUCACCGACGACUGGGAUCGCCGUCUGCUGCUUACGAUGCUCGCUGACUUCUACGACCCGUCUCUCAUCGGGGAGCCGAAGCACAAGCUGUCGCCGAGCGGGCAGUACUACGUUCCCGCGAAGGGCUGCCACGAGAACUACGUCACCUUCAUACAGAGUCUUCCGGCGACGCAGAGACCCGAGGUGUUCGGCAUGCACGACAACGUGAACAUCUCCAAGGAGCUGCAGGAGACGAAGGAGCUGUUCGACUCGGUGCUGCUGACGCAGGGCCAGCACGGCGGCGGCGGCGCGAGCAAGACCGACGACGUGCUCGCCGACAUCGCCAACGACAUCCUGUCCAAGCUUGGAACUCUCUACCACAACAAGGCACACUUUGAGCAGCACGUCGAUGACUGGCGUCAGCUGUACGACAGCAGUGAGCCGCAGAAGGCACCGCUGCUGCCGCCGUGGGAGAAGAAACUCUCCGAGUUCCAAAGAAUGAUCGUCAUCCGCUGCCUCCGUUCCGACAAGCCUGCUGUCGGUCGUGCGCAGCAGCCUACAGAGCGUGCAGAAGGCCAUCAAGGCCUGGUGUCGGUCGUGCGCAGCAGCCUACAGAGCGUGCAGAAGGCCAUCAAGGGUCUUGUCGUCAUGUCGUCGGAGCUGGAGGCGCUCUGCGGCAGCCUGCUCAUCGGCAAGCUGCCGGCGAUGUGGGCUAAGCGCAGCUACCCGUCCCUCAAGCCCCUAGGCAGCUACGUCAACGAUCUGCUGGAGAGACUGCAGUUCCUACAGUCGCAGGUGAUACCGAGGGACACGUCGGAUAAUGCGCCCGACGACGGCGUCUACAUCAACGGGCUGUUCCUCGACGGCGCGCGCUGGAACCGCGAGCAGGGCAUCCUCGGCGAGUCGCACGCGAAGCAGCUGUUCGACUCGAUGCCCAUCGUCUGGCUGAAGCCCGAGGUGAAGACGCGCAUGCGCGAGACGCAGGACAAGUACAGAUGUCCCGUAUACAAAACCAGUGAGAGAAAGGGUACGCUGUCCACUACCGGUCACUCGACCAACUACGUUCUACCGAUCUUACUGGACAGCGACCAGCCGGUGCAGCACUGGAUCAAGCGAGGUGUGGCGCUGCUUUGUCAGUUAGACGACUAGUCCCGUAUCGACCAUGCCUGUGUGUGCAGAGAUGUUGUUAUUGCCCUGUAUACGAUACGUGCUAGACUUUGACCACCCACUUCCGGUCGCUCACUGCACCCUGUAAAACUGUACUGCGAAUAUAUAUAUAUAUAAUUAUAUAUA